AUGGGGUCGGAGGAAGAUAUCCAGUUGGAGGAAGAUAUCCAGUUGGAGGAAGAUAUCCAGUUGGAGGAAGAUGUCCAGUUGGAGGAAGAUAUCCAGUUGGAGGAAGAUGUCCAGUUGGAGGAAGAUAUCCAGUUGGAGGAAGAUGUCCAGUUGGAGGAAGAUAUCCAGUUGGAGGAAGAUGUCCAGUUGGAGGAAGAUAUCCAGUUGGAGGAAGAUAUCCAGUUGGAGGAAGAUGUCCAGUUGGAGGAAGAUAUCCAGUUGGAGGAAGAUAUCCAGUUGGAGGAAGAUAUCCAGUUGGAGGAAGAUAUCCAGUUGGAGGAAGAUAUCCAGUUGGAGGAAGAUAUCCAGUUGGAGGAAGAUAUCCAGUUGGAGGAAGAUAUCCAGUUGGAGGAAGAUAUCCAGUUGGAGGAAGAUGUCCAGUUGGAGAAAGAUAUCCAGUUGGAGGAAGAUAUCCAGUUGGAGGAAGAUGUCCAGUUGGAGGAAGAUAUCCAGUUGGAGGAAGAUGUCCAGUUGGAGGAAGAUAUCCAGUUGGAGGAAGAUAUCCAGUUGGAGGAAGAUGUCCAGUUGGAGGAAGAUAUCCAGUUGGAGGAAGAUAUCCAGUUGGAGGAAGAUAUCCAGUUGGAGGAAGAUAUCCAGUUGGAGGAAGAUGUCCAGUUGGAGGAAGAUAUCCAGUUGGAGGAAGAUGUCCAGUUGGAGGAAGAUAUCCAGUUGGAGGAAGAUGUCCAGUUGGAGGAAGAUGUCCAGUUGGAGGAAGAUAUCCAGUUGGAGGAAGAUAUCCAGUUGGAGGAAGAUGUCCAGUUGGAGGAAGAUAUCCAGUUGGAGGAAGAUAUCCAGUUGGAGGAAGAUGUCCAGUUGGAGGAAGAUAUCCAGUUGGAGGAAGAUAUCCAGUUGGAGGAAGAUAUCCAGUUGGAGGAAGAUGUCCAGUUGGAGGAAGAUAUCCAGUUGGAGGAAGAUGUCCAGUUGGAGGAAGAUAUCCAGUUGGAGGAAGAUAUCCAGUUGGAGGAAGAUGUCCAGUUGGAGGAAGAUAUCCAGUUGGAGGAAGAUAUCCAGUUGGAGGAAGAUAUCCAGUUGGAGGAAGAUAUCCAGUUGGAGGAAGAUAUCCAGUUGGAGGAAGAUGUCCAGUUGGAGGAAGAUAUCCAGUUGGAGGAAGAUAUCCAGUUGGAGGAAGAUGUCCAGUUGGAGGAAGAUAUCCAGUUGGAGGAAGAUAUCCAGUUGGAGGAAGAUGUCCAGUUGGAGGAAGAUAUCCAGUUGGAGGAAGAUGUCCAGUUGGAGGAAGAUGUCCAGUUGGAGGAAGAUAUCAAGUUGGAGGAAGAUGUCCAGUUGGAGGAAGAUAUCCAGUUGGAGGAAGAUAUCCAGUUGGAGGAAGAUAUCCAGUUGGAGGAAGAUAUCCAGUUGGAGGAAGAUGUCCAGUUGGAGGAAGAUGUCCAGUUGGAGGAAGAUAUCAAGUUGGAGGAAGAUGUCCAGUUGGAGGAAGAUAUCCAGUUGGAGGAAGAUAUCCAGUUGGAGGAAGAUAUCCAGUUGGAGGAAGAUAUCCAGUUGGAGGAAGAUGUCCAGUUGGAGGAAGAUGUCCAGUUGGAGGAAGAUGUCCAGUUGGAGGAAGAUGUCCAGUUGGAGGAAGAUGUCCAGUUGGAGGAAGAUGUCCAGUUGGAGGAAGAUGUCCAGUUGGAGGAAGAUGUCCAGUUGGAGGAAGAUGUCCAGUUGGAGGAAGAUGUCCAGUUGGAGGAAGAUGUCCAGUUGGAGGAAGAUGUCCAGUUGGAGGAAGAUGUCCAGUUGGAGGAAGAUGUCCAGUUGGAGGAAGAUGUCCAGUUGGAGGAAGAUGUCCAGUUGGAGGAAGAUGUCCAGUUGGAGGAAGAUGUCCAGUUGGAGGAAGAUGUCCAGUUGGAGGAAGAUGUCCAGUUGGAGGAAGAUGUCCAGUUGGAGGAAGAUGUCCAGUUGGAGGAAGAUGUCCAGUUGGAGGAAGAUGUCCAGUUGGAGGAAGAUGUCCAGUUGGAGGAAGAUGUCCAGUUGGAGGAAGAUGUCCAGUUGGAGGAAGAUGUCCAGUUGGAGGAAGAUGUCCAGUUGGAGGAAGAUGUCCAGUUGGAGGAAGAUGUCCAGUUGGAGGAAGAUAUCCAGUUGGAGGAAGAUGUCCAGUUGGAGGAAGAUAUCCAGUUGGAGGAAGAUAUCCAGUUGGAGGAAGAUAUCCAGUUGGAGGAAGAUGUCCUGUUGGAGGAAGAUAUCCAGUUGGAGGAAGAUGUCCAGUUGGAGGAAGAUAUCCAGUUGGAGGAAGAUGUCCAGUUGGAGGAAGAUAUCCAGUUGGAGGAAGAUGUCCAGUUGGAGGAAGAUAUCCAGUUGGAGGAAGAUAUCCAGUUGGAGGAAGAUAUCCAGUUGGAGGAAGAUAUCCAGUUGGAGGAAGAUAUCCAGUUGGAGGAAGAUGUCCAGUUGGAGGAAGAUAUCCAGUUGGAGGAAGAUAUCCAGUUGGAGGAAGAUGUCCAGUUGGAGGAAGAUAUCCAGUUGGAGGAAGAUAUCCAGUUGGAGGAAGAUGUCCAGUUGGAGGAAGAUAUCCAGUUGGAGGAAGAUGUCCAGUUGGAGGAAGAUGUCCAGUUGGAGGAAGAUAUCAAGUUGGAGGAAGAUGUCCAGUUGGAGGAAGAUAUCCAGUUGGAGGAAGAUAUCCAGUUGGAGGAAGAUAUCCAGUUGGAGGAAGAUAUCCAGUUGGAGGAAGAUGUCCAGUUGGAGGAAGAUGUCCAGUUGGAGGAAGAUGUCCAGUUGGAGGAAGAUGUCCAGUUGGAGGAAGAUGUCCAGUUGGAGGAAGAUGUCCAGUUGGAGGAAGAUGUCCAGUUGGAGGAAGAUGUCCAGUUGGAGGAAGAUGUCCAGUUGGAGGAAGAUGUCCAGUUGGAGGAAGAUGUCCAGUUGGAGGAAGAUGUCCAGUUGGAGGAAGAUGUCCAGUUGGAGGAAGAUGUCCAGUUGGAGGAAGAUGUCCAGUUGGAGGAAGAUGUCCAGUUGGAGGAAGAUGUCCAGUUGGAGGAAGAUGUCCAGUUGGAGGAAGAUGUCCAGUUGGAGGAAGAUGUCCAGUUGGAGGAAGAUGUCCAGUUGGAGGAAGAUGUCCAGUUGGAGGAAGAUGUCCAGUUGGAGGAAGAUGUCCAGUUGGAGGAAGAUGUCCAGUUGGAGGAAGAUGUCCAGUUGGAGGAAGAUGUCCAGUUGGAGGAAGAUGUCCAGUUGGAGGAAGAUAUCCAGUUGGAGGAAGAUGUCCAGUUGGAGGAAGAUAUCCAGUUGGAGGAAGAUAUCCAGUUGGAGGAAGAUAUCCAGUUGGAGGAAGAUGUCCUGUUGGAGGAAGAUAUCCAGUUGGAGGAAGAUGUCCAGUUGGAGGAAGAUAUCCAGUUGGAGGAAGAUGUCCAGUUGGAGGAAGAUAUCCAGUUGGAGGAAGAUGUCCAGUUGGAGGAAGAUAUCCAGUUGGAGGAAGAUAUCCAGUUGGAGGAAGAUAUCCAGUUGGAGGAAGAUAUCCAGUUGGAGGAAGAUGUCCAGUUGGAGGAAGAUAUCCAGUUGGAGGAAGAUGUCCAGUUGGAGGAAGAUAUCCAGUUGGAGGAAGAUGUCCAGUUGGAGGAAGAUAUCCAGUUGGAGGAAGAUGUCCAAUGUCCAGUUCAGUUGGAGGAAGAUAUCCAGUUGGAGGAAGAUGUCCAGUUGGAGGAAGAUAUCCAGUUGGAGGAAGAUAUCCAGUUGGAGGAAGAUAUCCAGUUGGAGGAAGAUAUCCAGUUGGAGGAAGAUAUCCAGUUGGAGGAAGAUAUCCAGUUGGAGGAAGAUAUCCAGUUGGAGGAAGAUAUCCAGUUGGAGGAAGAUAUCCAGUUGGAGGAAGAUAUCCAGUUGAGGAAGAUAUCCAGUUGGAGGAAGAUAUCCAGUUGGAGGAAGAUAUCCAGUUGGAGGAAGAUAUCCAGUUGGAGGAAGAUAUCCAGUUGGAGGAGAGAGUUGGAGGAAGAUAUCCAGUUGGAGGAAGAUAUCCAGUUGGAGGAAGAUAUCCAGUUGGAGGAAGAUAUCCAGUUGGAGGAAGAUAUCCAGUUGGAGGAAGAUAUCCAGUUGGAGGAAGAUAUCCAGUUGGAGGAAGAUAUCCAGUUGGAGGAAGAUAUCCAGUUGGAGGAAGAUAUCCAGUUGGAGGAAGAUAUCCAGUUGGAGGAAGAUAUCCAGUUGGAGGAAGAUAUCCAGUUGGAGGAAGAUAUCCAGUUGGAGGAAGAUAUCCAGUUGGAGGAAGAUAUCCAGUUGGAGGAAGAUAUCCAGUUGGAGGAAGAUAUCCAGUUGGAGGAAGAUAUCCAGUUGGAGGAAGAUAUCCAGUUGGAGGAAGAUAUCCAGUUGGAGGAAGAUAUCCAGUUGGAGGAAGAUAUCCAGUUGGAGGAAGAUAUCCAGUUGGAGGAAGAUAUCCAGUUGGAGGAAGAUAUCCAGUUGGAGGAAGAUAUCCAGUUGGAGGAAGAUAUCCAGUUGGAGGAAGAUAUCCAGUUGGAGGAAGAUAUCCAGUUGGAGGAAGAUAUCCAGUUGGAGGAAGAUAUCCAGUUGGAGGAAGAUAUCCAGUUGGAGGAAGAUAUCCAGUUGGAGGAAGAUAUCCAGUUGGAGGAAGAUAUCCAGUUGGAGGAAGAUAUCCAGUUGGAGGAAGAUAUCCAGUUGGAGGAAGAUAUCCAGUUGGAGGAAGAUAUCCAGUUGGAGGAAGAUAUCCAGUUGGAGGAAGAUAUCCAGUUGGAGGAAGAUGGAAAGAACAUGGAACAGCAGCGGUGCGACGCUCACUUGAUCCUAUCUGCUCUCGCCUUGCAUGCCUGUGCCAGCCACCACUUCCAAGUGCAAAAUCAGCUGAUUCACCGCAAUGCUGCACUCUCCCACUGCGCUCACCUGUGUGGCGGCCUCACACCUUGUGGGCGGCGACGGCAGCGUCGCUGGCGAGGUAGCGCGUGGCUACGUUGUCAGACGCGUCCAGCAGCACGUCGUACCUGCCAUGGCGGGUGGCGGAUGGGGGAGGGCGGAUGGGAGAUGGAUGGGACAGGGCGGAUGAUGGCGGAGAUGGGGGUGAUGAGGACGGAUGAGGGAGGUAUGAGGGCGGGAGGAGGAAUGGUGUGGAGCUGA